AUGGCCGAAUCAGAUAAUCCAGUUCCAACAAGAACACUCCUCUCAACCCUACGUGGUUGGGGCGAAUCCUCUCUCCCCCCAAUGGGCCUAGCAACCCUCAUAACCUCUCUCCACUUCCGUCCCUUCGCUCGCCUCCCCAUGCUCGUCUUCACCCCCAUGCUCCUCCUUUCCUCCUACCUCAACGUCGCUGGUUUCAAGAUUGACGCUGCCGGCCUCGGCGCCGCUUGGUCCGGUCUGUACAUCCUCCUCGCCGCUCGGCGCCGCCCCGCCUCCCUCCGUCAAAAGUUCACCGCCCGUGGUGCCGUCCGCGGCGUGGCUAUGGGCAUGGGCGCCGUCAAUGCUGCUGCAGGAGGGUAUGUGUAUGCCACGGGCGACCGGAAGGCAGAGGUUGAAGAGAGGAGGGAGCGGGACAGGUGGGGGAUCGAGAGUGCGCGGGAGGCGAAGAAGUAA